AAAAUGGAAAAUUCGAAUGAAAGUCAAGAUCAGAUGUCCACCUCACCUACACCGACGGGCUCCGCUAGACGUCCUGUAGCAGUAGAGAACAUACACGUAGAAUUCACAGUGGUAAAAAAAUUAAAACCUUUCAGAUUUAGAUAAGCUUAACUUUUCGUAGUCAUAAAAAGGGGGUAAGUUUCUGAAGAAACUGUGGUGCUGCGUCGGUGGGAGAGUAUAGCAGGUACUUUAGUGUUAACAACUGAGUUGAAAACGUUAAUUGGCCACCGUAAAGGGUAAAAAAGUUAACGUUUCGAGCGUUAGCCCCUCGUCAGCUAUAGCUACUCACUGACAUGCGUCGUCCCUCAGGGUACCAUCCUCGGUCCAUUAUUGUUCUUAUUAUAUAUUAACGAUCUUCCAAAUUGCUUAUCAAAUUGUAAACCAAGAAUGUACGCUGACGACACGCACCUUACAUAUGCGGGCAGUAAUCUUGAGAAUGUUCAGUUUUGUCUAAAUGAAGACCUAGCAAACGUUUUCAACUGGCUACAAGCAAACAAACUUACAUUGAACAUGACCAAACCGAAUUCAUGCUAAUAGGGUCGAGGCAGAGACUGAAUACUCUCACAGCUUCACCAACAAUUACAAUGAACAAUACUCAAGUGAGCCAGGUUACAGCUACGAAAUCGCUUGGUGUAAUAAUAGACGAUAAACUCAAUUGGCAUAGUCACAUCGAAAAAUUAACCAAAAGAUCGCCUCUGGUAUCGGGGCCCUAAAGCGUAUUAGGCACCUGAUCCCAGCAUCAACCUUACAUCUCGUUUAUCAAGCCUUAGUAAAACCUCACUUUGAUUACUGUGACAUUGUUUGGAGUAACUGGGGGAAAACGCUACAAGACAAACUGCAGAAAUUGCAGAAUAGAGCAGCCCGUGUGUUGACAUUCUCUAACUAUGAUGCUGAUGCAACUGAGCUACUCGAGUUUUUAAGGUGGAAAAAUCUUACACGCCAGCAGGAAAUUCACAAAGCCACCAUGAUGUUUAGAUGUCUGCACGGGCUAGCUCCAGAGUAUCUGUGUUCAAAGUUUACGUGGUGUGACUCUGCUUAUGACCUCAGGGACUCUGAAAAUAAGCUCAAUGUUCCCUUACCGCGCACUAGUUAUUACCGAAAAAGUUUUAGCUACAAUGGCGCCACAUUAUGGAACAGUCUACCAUGCGAUAUAAGGAACACAGAGUCUCUUGGGAUAUUUAAACGUAAGAUCAAUGACAUUCUUUAAGUCUAACGCAUGGCACUCACGGAAAACAGCUUUUAGUGUUAUAGUAUAUAGUUUGAGUUUUAAAUAUUCUAGCGUAUGUGAUAUGUAUUUUUUAGGCUGAUGAAUUGACCGUGUUUAAAUAAAAAUAAAAUGAAAUGAAAAUGAAAUGAAAUGAAAUCAGAGUGAUUGGCGCAGUUCUCCAUGGGACACACAGACAUCCUAGGAGACCUAGGAAAUGCAGAACUUUUGAUAUCAAAUGCAUAUGUUCUCAGAGACCUGAGGAAAACCUUGUUAGAUUGAUGAGAAGCAAUAUUAAGUUACAUUGAACGUAGUCUCUAUGUGAAAAAAUGCAGUACUGUAAGGAUGUUAAGAUAUGAUUUUUAAUAGCUGUUUGUUUGUUUUUACAAGCUUCUGAAUGCUGCUGGCGCUGAUCAAGCAUCAAACGAGUAAGUUGGGUAUUAUUUUGGUUGAUAUCUGCUUUAUGCUUCUAACAACUAAUAAUUUUCCAAAUAUGGUAAACACUUGAGAGAAAAGUUUAAAAUAAAAUUACAAUAACCUCAGGUGAUAUCUGUUUAGUUAAUUUUGCUGGACGAAAUAAUCUGUUUUGUAUAUAUCAAAUUAUUGUGAUAUUGACAUUGCCUAAUGGUCUCCAAAUACCACAAAAUUAACUACAAAUCACUUGGAAAUAACUCAGUGCAGUCUUUUAGUUGUAUUUAAGUGUAUACUGCCUUUUUUGCACUUAUUGACAUAUUUAAUAAACAAAUUACAGUGGCUGAAAAUAUCUGUCCUCAAAGGAGAUAUAUUGUUCUCAGCAAAGAUGGAAAUUGUUUUUACCGAGCUGUUGCUCUUAGAAGAGAUGAAACAGAAUGAGAAACAGAAGGGGAUCAGCCUGUCAAGUCCCAGUUUGUUUCAGAAAAAUCCUAAGGUUUUUGAGCUGCCACUCUUUGCUAUUUUCAACUACAAAUACAGUCACUGUUUCUUCAACACUAAAAUUUUCUACAGUGAUUUUUUUGGCUGAUCUAACUUACUAAUCAUGGAAGUUUACUGUAACUGCACAAUUCCUUUUAAUGCUGUGCUUGGUAGCCAACAUAUCUCAUGGAAUCACCAUAGGCAUCUUGUUAAGAUUAAUUUCUUAUUAAUAUCUUUAUUUGUAUGCCAUAUAUGCUGAAAGCAGAACAUAUAUUUUUUUGGUUUAAUUGAAAAAUAAUAUGUAUCAAACCUUGCUUAUUUUAGUACUUCUCACAGUAUUAAAAUAGUUCUUCUAUCCAUCUGGGUGAAAAACAAAUGGGAUUGAAAUUAAACUAUUUUUUUAGUUAUAAAUGCAUUAGUGAAUCUUUGUUUUAUCAAAUUUUUGUUCAAGGAAAUCUAUUAUAACAUGUCACAAUGAAAUAAUCUGUUCUGUUUGUAUGACACUCAAGUACCGUGUAUUGGACAAACCCACAGCCAUUUUUAAGCUAGUGUUAUACCCCAAUCAGAUAGAGAUGCAGUAAUAAAAAUAUUAAUCACUAUUUUUGUUGUUUGUUUUUAGCCCUGGUGAUGUUGUAGCUCCUCUUGGCCCUGGUUUAAUUGGGGAUAUGAACUGUGAAGAGGACACGGAAAUAAGACAACAAGAACCACAAGUUAACGGAAACCAACUUCCAGGUAUUUGAAGCUUUAUGAUGCUGUGAGACACAAAGCCAAAUAAUAGACAGGCUGGAUACUGGGUUAAAAAGGGUGGGUUGAAGCAUAUGUUAAGGUCUAAAUAACUUACUUAAUCCUCAUUGCGUGUCCUUUGACUUAAGGCCUCAGUUAGGGAACGCCAUCGAUAUCUGUCAGUUGCCAGGUGGUCAAACUGCCCUCAUGUCCAGCCUUCAUCGCUCAUUUCCCUUCCUGCAAUUCUCCUCCAAGUUUUGAGUGAGAAACAUAUGGGAGUCCCUUACAGGCAUGCCUGUGACUCUCAGUUUCCGUUAUCAUUUAUCCACAUCCAUAUGUCCUAUAUACCAUAAAUGCCUUCUCCAGGGAGACAUGAUUGGAAAAACUAAUAAUGAACCAAAUGAAGCCAAUCUUCUUUUGAAUAACUUUUGUUAAAUUAAUUCUGGCAUAACAUGUAAACAAUUGCAUGUAGUUAUAAAAUUUUAAAAAAAUUGUCAACUCCAUUUGAACAUAAAGGAGGUCUCUCUGUAUUUAUUUACAUUAUUAAGAGAUAAUUAUUUAUUUAUCUACUUUUAAAUUUUUGGUUGACUCAAGGCAUUAACAUUUGUGAUGUUGUUAUCUCAUAGUUUGCUCUAGGCCUCAACCAUCAGAACAUGAAAAUGUGUCAUUAAAACAACCACAAGAUGGAGAAAAGGUAUUGUAAAUAUUACAAGUGUUUGAUUGUAAUGUCUGAGACCUAUAUGAUGAGGAAAAGGUAUGUAAAUAUGAAGGCCAUAUGCAUGCAAACUUUAUAUGAAGCCAACUUAUGCAUGUAGCUCUGUAGCUACAAGUAGGCUAUUGAUCCUUUAGCUAUUUAUUUGUAAUGAUAUUAAGUGGUAAAUUUACCUUUAAUUUACCUCAAACUUGAAAUUUAUAGUAAUUUUUUAGUCAUUAGUACAGAAAAAAGCCCAAUUAGGCGGUUUGAGUUUGAUAAAUAAUAUUGCUACAAGGUGAAAAACUGAAUUUAAGUUGCCAUAUUGUCUGACAUUGGACAUUGAGUACCCUCACCUUUUCAAUGGCAUUGCAGCUAUUGUUAACUUAAAUGUGCAAAUUCAGACCAGGCUGGUCCAAGGUUUAAUACACUGAUACUCAAAUACAAGCCAUUUACUGAAGAAGAAUGUAUGAUAAACUUUAAUUUUGACAGAAAUGUUACUCUGUUUUUCUUUGCUUAUUCAGUAAAUUAAUCAGCCUUGAAUAGUUGUGUUUUCAUGGGAGCUGUUGCUUUUCUAUUCGUGAAUAGGGAAAUAAGAUUUCCCUACUUUAAAUACAUAUACUUUUUGAGGCAAAAUAAGAAGUUAUUGCAAUAUUUCUUUGAAAGAAAAAAUCAACUUUUACCCUUAAGAUUUUAUGAACUUUUCAUUUGUUUUUUUAUACUAUAAUUGUGAUUUUUGCCUGGAAAAUGUUCAGGUGAAUGGAUGCUGCCAAAGAACAGCACACAAGGAGAGUUUACUGGCAUGUGGUUUGAGCCUUGCAAAUUGCAACUGGUGAGUAUAAAAACAUUGAUUUGCUGGUUGAUUCAAAAUUGCAAAAUACACGGAAGCAAACAUAUAAAACAUAGGUGAUUCAACUGUUCUUUAGGGAAUAACUGUUCCAGAAAACAGUGCCCAUGUCUAUGUUGAUUGCACAUUUGGCUUGUCUACAUAGAAGUGAAUACUUCACAAACCCAACAAAACUCUACACUGCCAUAUCAACAAUGACCAGAUAACUCUAGUGGUAGUGCUGGGUGAAAAUCCUUGGGUCAUGGAAAUCUCAGCAUGGAGGAGGAAUGGGGCAAAAAGUCUUACUAUUUUUUUAAUAUUUUAUAUUUUCUGUAAUAGGUGUGUUUGUAGUUUGUCCUGUACUCAUUGACUUUUAAUGUAUAUUAACCCAUGAUUUAUGGUAAUAGCUUCCAAAGAGAGAGGACUAUCAACAGGAUUGAUUAUUCAGGUAUGUGGACUAUUCUAGCAAAUAAAUAUUUUUCUUUUACAGUGCCGAAGAGACAGAUUUCAUCGGAAUUUUUAAUUACAUUUUUCUUACAAAUCAACUCUAGCCUGGAAAUUAGCAAAAGCUUUUGAGAUUUACUGAACUGCAGUUCUCUGAAGUGUUUAACUAAGAAAGCCUGAAGCUUUCUAUCAAAUUGUUCGUGAAAAAUUAAUAUCAAUUCUCAAAAAUGCAGCCUGGUCAAACCAACAAAUGCAACUCAAGGUAUUAGCUUCUUCAUUCCCCAACAAACCGAAGUCCUAAAUUGGUCCAUAUUUUCAAAUAUGUUCAAAGAUGACCAAACAGUUAUGUUUUUGAUGCAGUUCCUAAGUGAAUUUCAUAGAGUUGUCCCUUUUUUCAGCUGAUGCUGACAUUUUCCCAGUAGAUUUCUAUCAUGUAAAUUUCUCUGUUUUCAGGAAUCUGUUCAUGUGACUGGGAAAUGUAUAGAGAACAGUAUGGAUAAUAUGUAUACUGAUGUUAGGGUGUAAAGGGUUUGUGAUAUCAUUUCUUGUUUUUGUUUAACACAGCUGCUUCAACAUCAGCAUCUAAACAACCCACAACUAAUGAUGAUGACUCUGGAACAUGGGAAAAUCACCCUCUGCAGACUUUCUCACAACAUUCCAAGGUUUGAUUUUUGAAAUCCUGUUUUUGUUCUAGAUGGUUAAGUCAACUGUAAAAGAGUAUUGUUUAAUUGCAAUCAAGUCAGCAGAUAUUUUUUUCAAAAGUAUUGAGUGACAAGAAACUAUUAUCACUGGCCAAAUGUAACAACAAGAUAAUUUAGUAUUACCAAGUGAGUUGAUAAAUGUAAAUUGGCCACCAAAAAGGAGUUAAAAGCUGACGUUUCAAGCAUUAGCCCUAAUUGCCCUUUGCUCUGACGAAAGGCUAAUGCUCAAAACAUCAGCUUUAAAACUCUUUAUGGUAACCACCUUACAUUAUCAACUCGGCUAAUAAUACUCAAUUACCCUGCUCUACUCCUAUUUUUCGCAAACAGGAUAUAGAUAACUGGCAAUGAAUUGCUGCCCUCCUUAAGAUUCCUCCAUUCAAAACACUAGUAAGAGUCUAAACUUUGCUUUUGACUUUACAUACCCAGCUGUCUCUUACAACACAGAUUGAUCAGAUUUUCAAAAGUGGGAAGAAAGAAUGUGCCUUUCAAGAUUCUUAGUAAGCAUGAUACAUAUCCUGAGGGCCAUAAUCCGUCAUUUAUAAUUAAGUCCUAGACACAUAACACUGAAUUUGUGAACUCCAUUAUUUGUCAGUUAAAUGUAGAAGAUUAAACAAUGUGUUUGUGUUUCAUCGUGAUCAAUCCAAUUUGAUUGAAAAGAAAGCCAUAUCAGUUGCUUACAAAUAUUUGGGUCACAUACAAAAGUUAUUGUAAGGAAUCAACUGAGCUAACUGAGGAAGAGCCCAAAAUUUAAGCAAGGCAGGCUGUGGUCCUUCAAUAAAAAUGCAAUAAAAAGAAAUUCUCCCGUUUUCUUCCUUCAGCCAUGGCUGGAAGUAAAAUGAUAAGAUAAAGGUUUAACCACCAAACAAACCCAGACAAUCCUGUUUUGUUCACAUUUGUUUUCAUAUACAUGACUACUUUGAAGCUUGUAAAUUAUGGGUAGAUUUUCAGGCUAGGGACACCCACUUUCAUAGAAACAAUGCAAGAAGCCAGUCUGAUCAGACCAAACAAACAAACAAUCAACUGAAUAAGAAUUUGGUUAGUAUUCAAUUUAGAAAUGCUCAGUCAGUGUUAGCUAAUCAAGGCCAAGCCAUGGUGGUUGAAAACCUAAAGUCAUUUCAUUAACAUAAUUAAAAGACAAACUUUGAUGUAAGGUUUUGACAAUUUUUUUUCAAUUUUUAGUGCAAAACCUCCUAUGGCUAAAGUUCCAGAAGAAGGCCUGUUCCAGACUACAGGUGUAGUAUAACAUCAAAGAACUGGUUACAAAUCAGUCAGUAUAAAAAAUUAUUAUUUUCCCCAUAACAGUGGGACUUGUUGCUUCAUGAUUGCCCUUAUUCACUUCCAUCUUUUGUUAUCUCCCCUCUCAAUCCUUUGUAUGCUUUUCACACGGCCUUCUUAAAAUUUUACUUGAAGUUGCUUGUUAUUGAUAUUGAUGAAUGAAAAAACUAUCAUGUAAAACACUGUAUUAAAAGUUUAUGCCACUACUGUUAUUACUUCCUUGAUUCCUCAGCAGGGGAGCCCAAUGAAGCAGUGACAUCCUCUUCAGCUAAACCCUCCACCAGUGAGGAGGAAUCUGAGGAAGAGAAAAGUUUUCAAAAGCAGAGAGUUUGCUAUAAGGUAUGAUUUUAAUUUUGCUAUGUGCUCUGAUCAGAACAGGAAAUGUUAUUUUUUCCUCUGGUGUUAUUCCAUUUUAGAGAGAAUUUCAAGCAGGUAAUUUUAAUUAAAAAAAACUGUCUCUGCCAUACAGCAGAAGCUCUUAUGGGUUCCCAGGGUCAGCUUGAUUUUUUUCAAAUUAGGAGGGCUUAAUGUUACUUAGCCUAUACAAGUAAUAAUGACAAUCUUGAGAAUGAGAUAAUAUCAAAUAUUGGUUUCAAGUGAGGCCUCAACAUAAAUGUUAAUAGAGUGUUCGCAGUACAUAAAUGGAAACGUAGGUGGAAUAGUAAGAAUGUAGAGGAUCCAGGUUGAACUAGUCUCAGUCAAUUUAUGACCACCAAAGAAGGACUUUUCCUUUGACUCUGGUGCUGAAUACCACCCAAUUUUUCAAACUAUAAAGCACUUUUACCACCAGCAUUCUUUUGCAGAAUAUAGCCGUCAUAGGAAUGCCACUUUAAUAAUUGACAAUAUUUGAUAUAUUCUGUUGUUGGCCCAUUUUGGCAAAGAAAAAGUUGGUUUUGUAAUUUUUGUGUUGGCAUUAUCUUUGUGUAUGGGAAUCAAGUAUUUGGUAGCCUUUUUUCCUUUGUUUGGACUCCUAUAUUUUUUCCCAAAGACUGCAUUCUGGAAAAAAACACAACACAUUAAAUUUCUCAGCUUGAUUCUUUUGCAUUUUAAGCCCAAUGGUAACCCAACUACCUGUUGGUUUGUGGAUGUGCUACAAGAUCUUUCACUCUCUAAGUUUGAGUUUACAGGACUUCCUGGUAGGAGUCAUUAUCAAAAGAGUGAUAGCUCAAGUUGGUGCAGCUACAGAUUUUUACUUAUGUGGGUUGAAUUUUUUUCCCAGACUCCAUCAAGGGAAGGAGGUGAAGAGAGAGGAUAUGGUGGUGGGAGAGUAGACGACGACAAGUUUGGAGAAAAUAAUGAUGGAGGUGAUGGCAGAGGAAGCGAUGGUGAAGGAGGGAGUGAAAUCAUGGAAUGGGAUGAAGGUGACCCUGGUGGCGGAGGAGAUGAUGAUGAUAGUGGUGGUGGUGGUGGUAGUAAAGGAGGUUCACGACUACCAUCACCAUAUUAUGAGCUGUUUUGGGCCUGUAUGCUUCCACUGCUUUUGCCUCCUCAAUCGCCAUCAUUCGAUGACGAAGAUGAAGAGGAGGAUUUUGAAGAGGAAGAGUAUGAGGAGUCUGAGGAGUCUGAAGAACCUGAGGAGUCUGAGGAGUCUGAAGAGUCUGAGGAGUCUGAGGAGUCUGAAGAUGAUCAAGGUGGAAACGAGAAUUCAGUAACUUUUUUCAGUUUUUUUAGUACUACAUUUACAAAAAAAUAACAGGCACGUUGUUAGCUGUAAUAACUCUUUCCAGCUGCUAGUUUGAAUCGGUACUGGUGUACUGUUAAUGGUGCGGUACCUAUGUUGAAGAAUGAAGCUUCUGUACACUUCAUACUGAGAGUCAAUUCCCAGCAAUGACUGCCUUGUAAUAUAGCUGUAUCCUGUAUGAGAGUGGGUGAGAAACGCCCCUACUAGGAGACGUUUCUACGUUCUGGGCUAAUUGUGUGCUUUUAUGAACUUCGUCAAACCCCUAUCUGUCCCUAUCGUUUAGCCUCAAUUACCAACCCUGUUCAUGAACUGAGCCCGCGUACCACCAUGGAAUCGGGAGUUCUGUAGACUGGUUUGGAGAAGACGGUGGUAAACGAGAACACAUACGCUUUGAACUAUAAUUAAAAUAUUAAACGUCUUUCGAAAAAGGUUGAGUUAAUAUACUCUCUGUUUAAUCCUAACCUUCCCUUUUUUCCUGUCAGAUCAUGAAGAAGACGAUCAUCAGCAGAGAAACAGGGGGUGAUGCAUUGAGCCACCACGCUUCAUGGUCAUUGUUAGAUUUCACCUGUAUGUUAGCCAGCUGCUGUAUGAGUAGGAUUCCAGAAUGUGUGUUAUGUAUUUCCUUUUUCCGUUAAGUUCAAAGUUAAGAAAUCUAAGUUAAACUCUGUGUACUCUUCAAUGGUAAAGAUUUCUUAAGAGCAAAAUUGUAUCAUUGUGAGUUCAAUUUGAUUAUUCGCCUUUGCUGUUUAGGCAAAGCGAUGUAGCCGGCCUGUAGGACUUUUUUUCCGCAUGCUUGACUUUUAUGAUAUACUACUCUUGCAAAUAGUGAAACAAAAAAUUAAGCUUUUUAAGAAUACAGGCGUACAAGUCGCCAAAUCGCCCCUGGUAGAUGUUGUUUUCGUUAAAUUAUCAGCACACUUAAUGUAGUUUGUGCGCUAAUAAUUCAAUAUGAAAUGCAUGAAAGAUGGCUGCGUUUUUGCGUUGUAAACCUGUUUAACGACCUUUUGUUAUGCUAAAUUUGCCAUGUAUUUUAGUCACGGUUUAAAAAGUCGCACAGCAUGCGAAAACCAACUUGACAUACCACAUUACAAUAAACAAUUGUAACUUUGAUACGUUUUCCUGUGUUACGGGAAAAUUUACUGAUUUUUCCGUGUGGUUGUUUGGAACAUUAUUCGUAAACUUUUCACAUUUAACCAUUUCCAAUUUAUUCGAGUUCAUUAAAGUUCUUUCAUUCUAUUAAUUAAAAAAACAUAAAAAACCACGGUAGCUUUUGAAUGGUAAACUAAGAGAUGUCUGCUUCGUUGCUUGCUUUCACUGUACACCUGCAUGUCGGUACUAUUGUUGUUCAUUACUAGUGAAAUUUUAGGUAAAUAUAAGUGUUAGAAGUCUUUCUGGAAAAAAUUGGUUCUCAUGGUAGUUAGCAGCUGAGUUUAUACUCGUAACUUUAAUUUCUUUUCAUACGAUAGGUUUCCACCCCAACCUUGCAUAGAUGAGCAGAAAAUUUUAAUUACUUUUCCACUUUUAUUUCCCAAGCUUCUCUUCUGCAAUUAAGAUAGGUAUAUUUUCAAUAUUAGAGCUGUGAAUUCUCACCUAAGUUUCCUAUUUCUGAUGGCCUCGAGUUUAUUGUAUCCGUCCUUUUCAUUUUGAGAUUCAUAGAAACAGAUGGAAUAUUUAAAUAGUUUUCGUUUAACUUGAAAGAUACUUUUCAAAUAUUGUGAUUUGUGUAACAAUAGCACCUCACACCAUUUAGUUCAUAAGCAAGUACCUUGUACAGUUUUUACGGUUACUAGUUUAGCUUUCACUCUGGCAUGAUGUAUAAAAUUUGCUGUGG